AUGGGUAGGGGAAGUAAUGAUCACGUAUCCAUUGAUUCCUCCAUUGCUUUGUUGCAGGAGAGGUUUAGACAGUUGCAGAGAGUGAAGCAGAUGAGGGAAGAGAGAGAGUACUUAAAAAUGUUAUCUGAAUCAGAAGGAUGUACUAAUCCCACCACGUCUCACGAGCCAUCAAAGCUGUUUUUCCAGUCUGAAUUGAUCCUUCCACAAAAGCCACCUUCCCAAGUUUCUCUCUCCCUGUCGCCAAACACACAGAUCAGGCAUGCUAAUUUCAAGGCCACAGAGACCACCCCACAACUGACCAAGUCAUGGCUCGCUGACACAAACUUGGCUCGACCUUCAUCGAUCAAACUUGAUGGCUCUGAUUCCGAUGUUGAUACUUCUCUUCAUCUGUAG